AUGAAGGCCUCAACGUCCAGUUUGCUCCUGAUCUUGGCCGUGGCGCUGCUCGCCAUCCAGGUGGCACAUGGAAUGACGAUGCAGAUCGAGCCGCGCACUACCGAAUGCUUCAAGUACAAGUCGCAGCGUCCGGGCGAGGACUUCACCUUCGAAUUCGUUGUGACUCGCGGUGGCCUGCUCGACAUCCAAUUCAGGAUCGUUAAUCCCUUCGGUGCUGUCCUGCACAGCGAGCUCCAUUUCUUCCCCGAGGGCGAGGAGUUCGUGAAGACGAUUCGAUCCGAGGCGGGUGGAGAGUACAGCUUCUGCUUCGAUAACGAGAUGUCCAGAUGGACCGCCAAGGUGGUCAAGUUCGAGAUCACCACUGAGAGCAGCCCAUCGCAGCAAGCCUCCUCCAGCGAAACGCUAAAGCCCCUGGAGAGAUCCGCGCGCAACAUCAAGAGGGAGCUCGAGCGAGUGCUCAAGGAGCAGAAGUACCUCCGCGUGAGGGAGCAGACUCACCGCGACACCCAGGAGAACACCUACACUCGCGUCUACCUCUUCAGCACGCUCGAGUCGUGCGUGCUGAUCGGCAUGACCGUCUUCCAGAUCUUCUACAUGAAGAAGUGGUUCAACACCAGGAAGACCGGCGGCGUGUAA